AUGAGCUGUUCACAGAGACCUUUGCUUCCUAUUUUUUCACGUCAAGAUCUUGAGCUCCUAAUUUGAGCAUCAUGUGUGGCCCAUUCAAGGGCUGUCAGGGCAUUUUGCGCCUCCUGGAAAUAAUCUUCAGUGCUUUGGCGCUCAUCAUUGUCAUCUUCAGAGGCAGGAUGGUGAGUCCAUGGGGUGUCUGGUGUGAGUUUGUCUGGGUUUUCUGCAUCACUGUGCCCCUGGUCCUGACCGUGGUGGAGGCCAAAAUGUGGCACAUCCUUCUGGCCGUCUUCCUCCCCAACUGGGCUGACCUGACCUGCGGGCUGACCACCCUGUGUGCUGUGACCAUCACCUCAGCCACGGUCAUCUUUGCAGCCGUUUUUAUCUGCCUCUCCUGCAUCGUCAACAUGCUGUGUUUCCUCUUCUCCCUGAUUGCCACCGUUAUCUUCCUGAUCGAUGCCGUAAUGCAAAAAAAGAAAUUUCCAAGCGGCUACCUAUCCAGCCUGAGAGGAGGUCUCCGCACAACAGAGGCCUUUAUAGCCUGUAUCAUACUCACUGCGGCCACUGACCACUUUGUGAACGGUGAAUGGGCCUUUCGGCCUUUUGGGAUGAUAUGCAGCAUCAUUGUGUUUGCCGUUUGCCUCCUGGUCACUGUGGUCAUCAUCGUUCUCCAUCUGCUCAAGCUACUGCAGUGUCUACUCUCGUUCAGGCUGAGUGUGAUGGAGCUUGUGUUCAACAUUGUGGCGGUGCUGUUGUACCCGCUCGCUGUCAUUCUGUGGUCUGUCUUUGGUUACAAACGCAGCAAGUACAAUCCUUAUAUCUGUGAAAAGUGUUCCUUCGUGGACAUGAAUACUGUUAACAUUGGAGCCAUUGUCAAUCUGGUCUUUUACAUUGUGGACUUGGUUUUAUCCUUCAAAUCUCUCUAGAAAUGGAGACCUGACAUGUAUCUAGGGAUUCAGAUGAAAACCACAAUUUAAGUUGCAUGGUUUCAUUUUCUCAGAGGUAAAAUAUUGGAUGGGCCGUGGCUGUUUAUAGUCUGUAUGUUGCAUAAAAUCAUGUGAAAUAUUAACAUUAUAUAACAUCCCUAUAUGGCUUUCAAUAAUAACUUUAAAUCCUGGAUUACAGCGAAUAAAUGGUGAA